AUGACAAUCGCUUGUACCUAUUCAUUGAAGUUGAACAAAUUAACUUUUGACAAUUAAACCCUUAGAUUCACAAUUAAAACCGCAUUAGAAUGUUGGGAUCGAGUGCGAACACAGGUUCUUUUUCUAUGUUUCCUGAGUAACAUGCAUUCCAUUUAUCUACUUUUAUUCGGCAGUUACCUAUUCUGGAGUGUCCUAAGUGAACCCAACAUCGUCUACAAACUGAAAAACAUCGAGUGCUCCACAGUGCCUGGUUUCUCCGCGAACGCUUCGUGCCGCAUAAGAGCAAUAAAUUGGAACAAGGCGACGGCUGAAAUGGAUGUUUAUCUGCUGAGGACUUUAUACAAUAUAACAAUUCGAUUUCAGAUCCUCAAGAAGGACUACAGCAACCAGUUCCAGCCGUUCCUCGUGGACGUCAUAAUAAACAUGUGCGAUGCACUAUCCAGGCGUAACUUUUUACCAUAUGGCUUGAUCAUUCUGAAAAUUAGCAGGACGUUCUCAAACUUCAAUCACUCCUGUCCAUAUCGCGGCCAUUUGAUGGCACGCGGCGCCUACUUGAACGAAUCCUUCUUUCCCAACGUUUUCCCCCUAGGUUUCUACAAAUUAAACACUACGAUAAUGGAAAGCUACAUAACUCCACCGAGCGCACAUGUUGGGGGUAUUGUCUGGUACGUGCAGGUCAUGCAGGCAAUCCAGCCGAAAAAGAAACCCAACAGAGACCUCUACUGAGCCCAACAAAAAGCGCAGAACUAAAUGAAUGCGUAAUGAUUUAUUGCUUUAAAUUUUUAAAAUUGUAUUUUUAUUGUUUAUAAUAAAUAUAUAUAUAUGUAUACGUAAAUAUUAGCUUUAGAAUUUGUAUUAUACAUUAUGUAGGCUACUCGAGUUGCUUUAUUUGUAGCUUUUCCGCUUCGUUAUUAGUUACAGUAUAUCUUACAGAAGUGCAACUCAGUUUUGCUUAUUUGUCUUAGAGUACGUACUACGAGCUAUU